AUGACCGUCAAGGGGUUUGGACCUCCUAACGUUGGCCUGGGUAGGAAGGUUAUGGUCUUUCCGUAUGAGACAGACUUCAGCUUCGUGGCGCUCAUCCCCCAGAAGGAAAUGGGCCUGCGCGCAUUCACUCUGUGUAUGCGUGUGGCCACCGAGCUGGAAGGCGAGCAGCAGAUCAUCCUGUUUGCCUACCGCACCACAGACUACGACGAGUUCAACGUGUGGCGAGAGAAAGAUGGCCAUGUCGCCUUCUACCUGAGCGGCGAUGGCGCUUUCUUCCACCUGCCGCCCAUCACCACCUUCAGAACAAGUCUCUGCCUCACCUGGGAGUCCCGUACUGAGCUGGCUGCCUUCUGGGUGGACGGCCACCGCAGCACCUACCAGCUGUACAAGCAGGGCCACACUAUCCGGCCCAAGGGGACCGUCCUCAUGGGGCAAGACACGGACAAACACCUUGGCGACCUGGAGACUUUGCAGAGCUUUGUGGGAGAGGUGACCGACCUCAACAUGUGGGACUAUGUCUUGCCGAGGAGCCAAAUCCAAGCCCUGCAUUACGGACAUAAGAUCACCAAGGGAAACAUCUUUGACUGGGCCACCAUUGAGUACCAGCUGAACGGGAAUGUGAUGGUGGUGGAUGAUGACUGA